AUGACGACGGCGAUUCUUAGUUACAUUGACCCGGCUUCCUUUGAGCCCAACGCCACAGCGUCUUUCGAGAAGCCUUGGAAUAAGGUAGACGGCCCGGGCAAGUCGUACGGUGUGGUCAAUGCCCAACAACAGCUUCUCAAUCUGCGACAUCAAACUUCGGCAUUUUCCAUCAAUAUAUUUGGCUUUGAUACUUGCCACGCGCCUUCUUCUCUAGAGGACUUCAACGACGAACAGCAAAUCCGAAAGUUAUACUACAACGAGGUCGAAAGCUUUCUGCGAAAACAUUUAGAUGGUGUCAGAAAGGUUGUCAUAUUUGAUCAUGCGAUCAGAAGAAGGGCAACGCCAUCUCCACGACAGCCCGUGCAGCUCGUGCAUAUUAUUCAGACACCUGCUGCUGCCAAGGCCAGAGUUCUCCGCCAUACUCCCGCGGAACAGUCAGCUCAGCUGUUGAAGGGGCGAUUCCAGAUCGUCAAUGUUUGGCGACGUAUUCAACAUGACGCUUCUGACACGCCUUUGGCUGUUCUUGACUGGCGGACCACGGCUCCAACUGACCUGGUCAAAGUCGACCUACUCUAUCCCCAGCACAGCGAAAUCCAACCAGAUGUGCUACCGGUUGUAGAAGAGUCUUCGUCACCAGCUGGGUAUGACGUCAGAGGGGAACAGUACGUGGUUUCUCCAAACAAGGACCAUCAGUUCUAUUAUGUGAAGGAGAUGACGCCAGAUGAAGUGUUGUUGGUCAAAUGUUUCGAUUCGAGAAGCGAUUUCAUGACUGGUGAAGAGAACUGCAUUGCACAUGGCACAGGACACACCGCCUUCACAGAUCCCCAGACACCGGACGGUGCACCCCUCAGACAGAGCAUUGAAGUUCGUUGUCUCGUUUUCUACGACUAA